UGAAGGAUGCGGAGGGAGGCAAAGAGAAAAAGAGGGUGGAACAUGAAUGGAAUUAUAUAGAAAAAGCUUUGCAAGAUGAUGAACUGCUUCUACCAGUUUUGUUUUGCACAAGGUGUAUCGAGUGUUUUAGUUAGUUCGGAAUAUUCAAUUGUGAGAGACCGCUUAAAACUUUUACAAAAUAUAUCGUAGUGUGUGACAGAAUUUGAAAUCAUUAACAAGCUUUAAGCAUUUUAAUAUGGUACUUGAAAAACACAGCUGUUUGUGAUGUACUCCAGCACAUACGUUGGUGAACAAUGUUCCAGCCUGUACGUACAAAUUUUCAGUCCUGCUGCAUAAUAGGACAAUGUUGCAAUAAAGGUGGAACAGUAGAGCUAAUGAGGUAUUUACCUCUUAGCACUGUGGUUGCUGUGAAAAGAAUCAAUUUAGACAAUUAUGAUACAAAUGGCUUUGCAGAAGAGUUAGAGCUUUUGCAGACUGAACUCUGUGUUUCACGACAGCUUUCACAUCCUAACGUGCUGUAUUAUCACCUAGCAUUUGUGUCGGGCACCGAAUUGUUAAUGGUAUCACCAUUGAUGGCCUUUGGUUCGUGCCAAGAUUUAAUACAGAAUCAUUUUGUUGGUGGUUUACCGGAACUUGCAAUUGCUUUAAUCCUCAGAGAUGUUCUUCUUGGUCUCGAAUACAUUCACAAAAAAGGAUUUAUUCACAGGGCCAUCAGAGCAAGUCACAUAUUAGUUUCAUCUAGUGGAAGGGCCUGUUUAUCAGGGCUCAGGUAUUCUUACAACAUUGUGAGGGAUGGAAGAAGAGUGAAUACCGUGCAUUCAUUUCCAAACAGUACGCAGAAAAAUUUGAACUGGCUGAGCCCAGAAGUACUGGAACAGAACCUCAAAGGUUACAAUGAAAGUUCAGAUAUUUACAGUAUUGGCAUAACACUCUGUGAGUUGGCCAAUGGUGUGGAACCCUUCUCUGGUAUGCCCACAACAUUGAUGUUAAUGGAAAAAGUCCGUGGCUCUGUUCCACAGCUUUUGGAUGUCUCCACAGUUUCAUUUUUUAAGGAAUAUGGGUUUUCUCCUCAGCCUUGUGGUUUGUUGUGCGAGGAUGAAGUAACAGAAGAAGAAGAAGACGAAAUUAGAGUUUCAGUAGAACAUAUUGGAUACGGUGACACAGUGGCAAGUGCCCGUUACGAACAGAGACGUGCAAUGCUGGAACGUACACUUUCUGAGGCAUUCCAUGACUUGACACAGUUGUGCCUGUUGCGAGAACCAUCAGCACGUCCAACGGCUGCUCAGUUGUUACAGCAUCAAUUUUUCAAGCAGUGUCGGCGGGCUUCCCAGCACUUACCUGAUCUUCUGCGGCCUGUGCUGCCUCUCACUGACAAUAGGACAGCAAGCUAUGGUGAUCCAGAAUUGCUGUUUGUUUCUGAAUCACUAUCAGAUUUAGAGAUAGCACCUUUAAAAUGGAAUUUUUAAGUGUGUGUGACAUGCUUUGGGAACUGGUGUGGUUGAGUGUAAAACACUAUGAAAGUCUGACAGACACAUUGCUGUUUUGCAAAGGAACAGUGGCCACUCCGGGUGCCAAGUAGUGCCAUUGUUUCAACAACACUAACUUAUUUGUUGAUGUGGUGUAUGUUAAUGUUUCUAACAUAUUAUACUCUCUUCUGUGAAGGGAUUAUUUGCCAGUUUGUUGUAAAUGUUUAUGUGAUUACAAAUACAGAAUUAAUAUUAAUUUAAAGUAAUUCCUGUUGUUUGUGAAGACUGAAGGUUUCACAUGCAGUGUCAGCACAUGGCUGUCUGUUGCUUUGUUUUAGCCUCUGAUACCAAAGUUUUAUUAAUUGUAAUGGAGGUAUAUCUUAUUGCUAUUUUUGUAAAUCACUGUAAUUGAAACCUUUUAUCUAAACAGCAAGUCACUACAUAAAGAGCCAGUACAAAUGUUCUAAAUAAAAUAUUUUAAAUGAAGCAGUGUAUAUAAAUGGGUUAUGAUCCACAGCAAAUAAAAGGUUUGUAAUGUUGAAGAUCUCAUAUUUCACAGAAUGUGCAAAUUUUAACGGCAGGGAACAAAACCCAUUGUAUUGGUAUUCUAAAAAGUGAUUCAUGUAAAUGCAUGUAAUCAGAUGUGCAGAAACUUUUGUGAUAGAUAUGUGGAUGGCUGUGUGGGGUGGUGUUAUUCAGUAUCUGUGGGUUGUACAAAAUUCUUUUAAUUAGUAGCUUUAAAAUAAUUUAAGCUGUGUACUCAUUAUUGUGAAAGAGAUUUAUCCUUUUAUGUAGAUUCUAUGUUCUUAUUGAUAUUAUUUCAGCUGUUCACUUCCAGAAUUUAAAGGUGCUAAGUUUCUUAAAUUUGCGAAUGGAGGAAAAUCAGAGUAUGACUUUGUACAAUUGUUUUUGAACAAGCUUAAUACUUCCUAUCAAUGAAAAAGGGUAGAAUAAAAAUUGUUCCACUUGAAAGUAUGUUAAGAGAGGUGCGUGAGAGAGAGAGAGAGAGAGAGAGAGAGAGAGAGAGAGAGAGAGAGAGAUUAAUACAUUUAAUUAUUGCUUGUAAAAAGCAUUUAUUCAGUGCAAGUCCCGUGUUCAAGGAUUUAUUAGAGAGAGAUGCAUUGUGUGUCUUUAAUAAAAUUCUUAUUGUAUGUCCCAUGUAUAAUAUCAAUUUUUCUGCCCAUCUGAUUAAAUUACAAAGAUGUGAGUAAUCAAGACUAAGGAACAGAAUCUGUGUAUAUUUGCCUUUGCUUUAAUCUGCCAGUACUGAACUGCAAAAUAAGUGGCACAAAUUUAUCUACAAUAGUAAUGACAUAUGACCUGCUUUUAAACAGGCAUAUCUCUGUAUUAAAACUUCAUAUCUGAUGUAACACGUCUUGAAGUGUGUUACCUCACAAAUUAGUACUGAUGCCAUCACAUAUUUUACUAAUUAAUAAGUUGUGGGCAUCAAUGAUAAAAAUUGGAUUGAUUGUUAUUUCACAUUUUGAGGCUGCUGCUUUUAAUAGGUAUGAGAACUAUGUGAUGGAUUCUGUUACAAGCAGCAUAAAAUAGUAACAUGAACUGACCAAUUUUACAAAUGCCUUUAUUAAAAUAUCACCCUUUCCUAUGAUGCUAGUUUCUUUGUUCAAAGUUUCGCAGAUAGUGAAAAAAAUUGCAUAUAUUUUUAUGUAUUUAUAAAUAUCCUUCAUUUUUCACUAUUGCAAGACAUGGUAUAAUUUUUUGUAAGCUACUGUGAUCAUCAAAAGAGUUCUCCUAGGUGCAAACAUUGUACAUUUGUGCAAUUAUUAAAAAAAACUAAUGUGAAAGAUGAAUAAAGCACAGUGAAGGCAGGGAUUUAAUUUUUGCUAUUCACUUAUUCACAUUCUGGUGUUUUCCUUUGCUGCCACUAAUCCUGCUUUUCCAAAAUGUUUGCGUUGUUAUUCUUUCCCUCUCCUCCUCAGAAGAGUGUAGCUUACACUACAGGUACAAGGCAUCCGCAUAAGCAAUAUAUGUUUGGUAUCUUAUAUUUUUCAAUUUAACCAUGUGCUUAAGUAAGUGAAUUUACAUUCUGCAGAACCCAGAUACAGAACAUCCUCCAGUCACAGAUUUACAUUUUCCAUUGUUAUUAAAUAUCUCAAAAAUAUGUGCCAGACAGGCCUCAUUCAACAAGACUGUGGUUGAUUUAUCACAUGAUAGUAAACGUACCUCAGGUAUAACCCUUUCUGUGAUACUAUCUUCUCCAGUGAAAAACAGAACAUAAAACACAGUUUUGAGAAAGCCCUUCUGGAGGUUUCUUGUACAUUUAUACUGAUGUCAUUUAAUAAUUAAGAAGUUACAAGCAAAAAUAAAUUAACUUGUCCAAGUA